AUGCAGCGAAGCAGCAGCAGUGGUGCGUCCUCGCUGCCACUGGAAGGCGUGGUGGCAGUGGCACAGCUGCCACAGGCGCAGCGCAAUGCCCUCGUGGCCAUCUCAUCCCACGGAAAGGGCACGGAGGCUCUUUCGUUGCUGGAUAUAGAGACGCAAUCUGAGCGUGGCGUGCCCUUCUCGUCCAAGCUUGCCUCACCAACACUGAGCCUUUCAUGCCAGCAAUCCAUUCCCCUGGCGCCACUGCACGUCACAGGCUUGAACUCAGAGGCAGUUGUGGAUGACGUGUUUGAGGAAGCAGCGACCAUGACACCUCCGCCAGCGCACGCGACAGAUCGCGCUGAGGAGCGGCAGCCGGUCUCUGGUCUCUCCGUCCUGUCCGGCGGUGAUGGCCGCUUCUGCUCGACAACAGAGGAUGGGCUGCUUCAUGUCUGGGACGCAGCCGCACCCGCACGCGUGGGCAGCUGGGGGCGACCCAAGGCACUGCGCUGCUCAAUGCUCAGCUGCGUUGCGCAGACACACAAGGACGUGGUCGUUGGCACGAAUGUCGGUGCUGUUGAGAUUUGGGACACACACGCGCCAACUGCUGACUCCAAAAGCGGCAGCAGCGCAGCCCUCACAUUCACCAGCGAGCCAAGCGAGGACGGAAGCCUACAGAUGUUCCACAGCAUUGCCGUUCAUCCGAGCGAGCGCAACAUUAUUGUUGCCGGCGGCCACGACGGUCUGCUCGUGUUCUGGGAUGCACGCCAACCGCUCGUCCCGCUCGCCACUAUCCAAGCACACACCGGGCCAGUGUGGGACAUUUCGUUUGCGCCUCGGAAUCCGCAUGUGCUGGUGACGGCGGGUGAGGACGGGAGCGUGCUGCACUGGAACACCAACCCGCGCCAGGCAGCAGCCCGCACGUCGUUCAACAUCUCCACAGACAGCGGCGAGCUCGUGGUGACAGACAUGGCGGCACACGCUGUUGGCUCUGUCUCCCGCGCCGUUGUAGUGGAUCGCACUGUCGUCUACUCGCGAUACCACCACCAGCUGACCGCACUCAACCUCCCCUGA